CCCAAGGGCGACCUUGCCCCUGUUCCGGACCAGGUAACCUGGGCUCGCAGCUGGUGGAGUAUAAGGAGGAGAUGUACAUCACGUCUGACUGUGGGCACACCUGGCGGCAGGUGUUCGAGGAGGAGCACCACGUCCUCUACCUGGACCACGGCGGCGUGAUCGCAGCCAUCAAGGACACCUCCAUCCCCUUGAAGAUCCUCAAGUUCAGUGUGGACGAGGGCCUCACCUGGAGCACGCACAACUUCACCAGCACCUCCGUGUUUGUGGACGGGCUCCUGAGCGAGCCGGGGGACGAGACGCUGGUCAUGACGUGAGUGCCCACGGCAGGGGGCGGGCGGGUCCCAGCCGGCCCCCGGGGGACCUUGCUGCUCCGAGGCGCGUUCGACACCGGCCUCCCCACCCCCCCCCCCUGGCCUCCUCACGCCCACCUCCACCCUCACACCUGCCUCCUGGUCUCUCACCGUCCACUGUUCCUGUCCUCCCGGGGGACGUGCACCACCUGCCCGGGAUCGCCUGGCUGGUGAGGCUUUGAAGCCAGUCAAGGGCCGGUUCUGGGCCACCUGCCCCAUGCUGCCUCUGGAGCUACCCUCCUCCUCCCCCUCCU